AUGUUGUUUAAACGGAUCAUCGAAGGAAAGUCGGUGCUGAAUGGUGACGUUAAGAAGGAUAAGUCCCCAGAGAAAUGUUCUAGAAGGAAAUCGGAAUGCAACGGCUGUGGGGAGCAUUCUACUAUUCUGGAGGAACUCAUGAAGUUGGUACUACUGGGCGUGGUGCUAUGGGCGGGAGUCACGUUCGGAAGUCGUGUUGCUCCCUACCCCUUGAAUUUGAUCAUGAAUACAGAAUUCUACCAUCCACCACCGAUGUAUGAUUUCCCAUUUCCGAGCGCAGAAAUGCUCAAGAAACUGCCACACAUAACUCCUGCUAACACCAACAGGUCGAUUAGUAUCAGUAAGAUGACAGUGGCAAUGCUUGAGCGUUUAGAAGACAACUUGGAGGCUUCAGGGAUAAAGCCAAUACAAGGAUCUGCCGCCCAAGGGCUGGCGAUCAUCGGUCUACCCUCAAAAGAGGCAAUGAAGUAUGAAAAAUCCUCGAUGACGAUUACAAAAGCAUCGCAAAAUCUUGUUUGGACACGUUGUACUAGAUACGGCUUGGCCAACGAUGAGUGCGCGAGCUAUAUAAGUACAUUGAAUCUGCGUGAGAGUGAAUAUGGCGGAGAUUGUGCGCAAUUAGAGAGGUUUACUUGUCGCACAAACAAGAUGUCGUCAAGAUACCGUACUUUUGAUGGCUCCUGCAACAAUCCAGUUCGUUCAUCCUGGGGCCAGGCGCUUACUGGCUACAAACGACUCCUACAUCCAAGAUAUGCUGAUGGCAUUGAAGAGCCCCGUCGGGCGAUGAGUCACAAGGAGCUACCGUCGGCUAGACUCGUGAGCACCGACUUGGCUAAUAACUCGGACGUGCCAAAUGAUAGGAAAACCAUCGCAUUGGCUGUAUGGAGUCAGUUCAUCUACCAUGAUUUGGUCCAUACACCUGUGAGGAAAACAAUUCACACGGACCAGCCAAUCCGCUGCUGCGACAAUUCAGGUUUACAUCUGACACCACGGUACUUGCAUCCCAGCUGUAUGCCCAUUACGGUGCCUGAUUGGGAUCCUGAUAUGACCGUUUGUAUGGAGUACACACGGUCAGUGACAACUUAUCGCGGUGACUGUACUUUUGGAGCCGCGGAACAGAUGAACCAAGCCACCCACUUCCUAGACGGAUCCCACAUUUAUGGUGCAAAUAGCCGCGAUGCUGCAUCCCUCCGUGAAAAGAGUGGCGGUCUGCUGAAGACCUCGAUUGUUGAUGAUGAAGAACUUCUUCCCUUGGUGGGCAACCCGUCUGAGAAGUGUCUGGUGAAUAGUGACGGUGCCUGCUUUAACACAGGAGACAUCCGCGCUAACCUGCAUCCAUGGCUGACGGCGAUCCAUGCUCUGUUUGUCCGAGAGCACAAUCGCAUCGCAAGGAGUUUAGCCGUCUUGAACCCUGGCUGGAAUUCGGAUAAACUUUAUCACGAAGUGAGAAGGAUUGUUGUGGCCGAACUACAACAUAUUACAUAUAAAUAUUGGCUACCUGCACUUACUGGAAAAUCCAUUGACCAGCUAUAUGACAGCUAUGACGUCGGCUACAAUUCCGACACAGAUCCAACAAUCACGAAUGCCUUUGCGACCGCCGCUUUUCACUUCGUCAACAGUCUCCUUGAUCAGGACAUAAUACUCAUCGAUGGCAACGUUACAUCACUACGUCUAAAACAAACUUAUUUCAAGCCAGAAUUAAUUGCGAAGAAAGGAGGUCUGGAAAGCGUUCUACUGGGCAUGGCAAGCCAGAAAGCUCAGGAUUUGGACUUCAAUUAUGAUGAUGAUUUACGUAACCACUGGUUGGGCAGCCUCGAUGUACUAGCAGUUGACAUACAGCGCGGAAGAGACCACGGAAUUCCCGGAUACUCCCAGUACCGUACACUUUGUGGCUUAUCUGUUGCGACUAGCUUCUCGCACCUGACUGAUGUGAUUCCACAAGAGAUGGUAGACAAGUUGUCCCAAAUAUACGAGCAAGUGGGUGACAUUGAUUUGGUUGUCGGUUUGAUGGCUGAAGCUCCACUUCCAGGAUCUUUGAUUGGACCAACUGCUACAUGUUUCUUACGUGAACAACUAUGGCGCACGCGCAGCGGUGACAGAUAUUUCUACACGCACACACACGAAGCGGGAAGUUUCUCAAAACGUCAAAUCGCGGAAAUACGAAGGGCGUCACUCUCUCGUUUGAUGUGUGACAAUCUUGAAAUUGCUGGAGUUCAGAAGGAUGCGUUCCAGCCUCCCAGUGAUAGAAACCCUAUCGUAUCUUGCGAUGAAAUCAAAAGAAUGAAUCUCGAAGCCUGGCAAGACCCAUCGGAGCAACCCGACAUAUUCACACGCACCAACAGCUGGCUCAGAAACAAGGUUGCCAGUUCAAACAUUACAAAAUAG